CCCUGUGGUCAGUUGGAGACGCUGUGUGUCUUCUUUUUUUCCCCUAGCAGAGGUCAGUGGUCUUUGUUUAUUAUUUUCAGUGACAUUACUGAAUUGAGUUGGAAGCUGGGGAAACGAUGUUUGUCAAGAGACUACAAGACUUGUCUUAUUCUGGCCAAUAAAAGCCUAAGGAGGAUUUGAAUCAGUCAGAAGAGUUCAUGGCCAAGUGGACGGUGGCAUGGUCUCUCAGGCGCCCAGGCCACCGUUUGCUCCCGCUAGAUGUCUGUGGUCUUCAGAGAAGAUCAGACCAAGAAGAGGGGGCUGUGGCCUUCAAGUUCCACAGGUGGUUUUCUCCUGUGGAGUCACUUUUUCCUUGGGUCUCCUAAUAUCAGACUGUUUCCCAUCCCACCAUAGAAGAUGGAAUCUAAAGUUUCUGAAGGUGGCCUGAAUGUGACUCUCACCAUCCGACUGCUGAUGCACGGAAAGGAAGUUGGAAGCAUCAUUGGGAAGAAAGGAGAAACAGUGAAAAAGAUGCGCGAGGAGAGUGGUGCACGAAUCAAUAUUUCUGAGGGAAAUUGUCCAGAGAGAAUUGUCACCAUAACAGGCCCCACUGAUGCCAUCUUCAAGGCUUUCGCCAUGAUUGCUUACAAAUUUGAGGAGGAUAUAAUCAACUCAAUGAGCAACAGUACAGCUACCAGUAAGCCACCCGUAACGUUAAGGUUGGUCGUGCCAGCAAGCCAGUGUGGGUCACUGAUUGGAAAAGGAGGCUCCAAGAUUAAGGAAAUCAGGGAGUCUACAGGUGCUCAGGUUCAAGUGGCGGGGGACAUGCUGCCCAACUCUACAGAAAGGGCAGUGACCAUUUCAGGGACCCCCGAUGCUAUUAUCCAAUGUGUCAAACAGAUCUGUGUGGUGAUGCUGGAGUCCCCACCGAAAGGUGCCACCAUUCCCUAUCGCCCAAAGCCCGCCUCCACCCCUGUCAUUUUUGCAGGUGGUCAGGUAAGAGCCGACCCGCUUGCGGCCUCCACUGCCAACCUCAGCCUUUUACUGCAGCACCAGCCGCUGCCCGCCUAUACAAUUCAGGGACAAUACGCUAUUCCACACCCAGAUCAGUUGACCAAGCUCCACCAGUUGGCUAUGCAGCAAACCCCCUUUACUCCCCUUGGACAGACCACCCCCGCUUUCCCUGGAGAAAAGCUGCCCUUACAUUCCUCCGAAGAAGCUCAAAAUCUGAUGGGCCAAUCAUCAGGUUUGGAUGCCAGUCCCCCGGCCAGUACUCAUGAACUCACCAUUCCCAAUGAUCUAAUAGGCUGCAUAAUCGGACGCCAAGGGACCAAAAUCAAUGAAAUUAGACAGAUGUCUGGAGCACAGAUCAAAAUCGCCAAUGCCACAGAAGGUUCAUCAGAACGCCAAAUUACCAUCACAGGAACCCCAGCUAACAUCAGCCUUGCUCAGUACCUCAUCAAUGCCAGGCUGACGUCUGAGGUCACUGGAAUGGGCGCACUCUAAUUUCUGCCAAUCACACAUCAUUCUGCAUCACAUGACCCUCUCUAGCCAAUGACGCUUCUUCACCCAGCUUCUACAAUGCGUAUACUUACGGCUUCACACACACCCCUCUUCUCCUUGGAAACUUUUCUUUAAUAACAAAUAUAUGUAUAUAAAUAUAUAUAUAUAUCUAUAUAUAUGUAUGUAUGUAUGUAUGUGUGCACAUACUAAUAAGUUGCUUUAUAAGUUGCAUUUUGUGAUUUUGAUUUUGUUCCUGAAUUUUAAAUUUAUGCUCCAGGCCAGUCUGUGUUUCAGCUGUACAGUGCUAACUAUUUUAUAUAGGUUUUGCCUGGGAUUUCCCUUGGUAAGACUUUGGAAGAAGAUUGGUCUCGCUAGUCUUUAUUUAGCUCAGUUUAGCUAAGAUGGUUUUUUUAAUUUUACUCUUUUUUUGCAGCACCUGUAGUAGGGCUGAGAUCUGGCCUAAUCUAGAGCAGUGGUUGCUUUGAAAUAGCUGUUUCUUUUAAUUAUUCAAUUAUUCCUUCCAUCUUUGAACCCUGAUUGUCCUUGGCUCAUCCUUAAAAUGUUUGGAUCUGUGUCCUAAGAAUGUGGCAUGACUUUCUCCCAUUUCAUGUUGGAAGUGGAACAGGCAGGGGCCCAAGAGUAUCAACCGGGUUCUCGUGGGUUCCUGCAAGAACUGGGCUGCUUCCAGUGAGGCACAGCCAAAGCAAAGCAAGCCAUUUUCGUUACCAAGCAGAGAACAAGGUGAGGAAAAUAUUCCUUUAAAUAUAGAAUUAUUUCAUAGAAAUGGAGACAAAUAAAAAAAAUUUAACGCGGCAGGAACUGCUGAAAAUAUCCUUAAGAGAAUCACCCACAGACUUUUGGACUUAGCUCAGGAAGCUCCAGCCUCUGGGAGCCCGCUGUGUUUGCCAUUGUUUGUAUUUAAUAAAAGUCUG